UGAAGAAGAUGCUGGACCCACCCACACACCGAACUCGACAACAACUUGAUAAGGCUUUUCAUCAUGUGGGGCCACGCGGGCAGGCGGUCAAGUUUUUUUGGGAGACACGAGCGGCAGAAAUUUUUCGCAGCCGUUCUCAUCCCACCAACUCCCAGCAGGCAGGCCGUGGUUCUUUGUCUUGCGCCACAAGAGCUUCACUGUUUAAUAGGUCAUAACACCAGCGCCCGAUCGCUUUCAAAAUGGCAGGCUCAAUAAACAAGCCAAAGAAGCCCAUGUCCAAGAGGACACCGGUGCGCCUGCGAAACAAGAUCGAGAAAGCCUCGAAAGCCAAGCAGCGAAAGGACAGGAAGCUCGCCAAGAAGAACCCGCAAUGGGUCUCAAAAGUGAAGAAGGAUCCUGGCAUCCCUAAUCUUUUCCCCUACAAGGAGAGGCUGCUUCAGCAGAUAGAAGAAGCCAAGAUCCAGAAACAGGAGGAGACUCGCCGGAGGAAAGAGGCGGCCAAGGCAGCCAAGGCUCAGCAGAAUGGCAACGCUGCAAAGGAGGACGGCGCAGACUCGGACGUGGAGGCUAUGGACGACGACAUGAUGGAUGAAGACAUUGACGAGUCGGAUCCGAUGGCGGCGCUCAUUGCCAGUGCGCGCGCUGCCGCCGAUAAGUACGACGAGGAUUUACAAACCGACGAUGACGACGGGAUGGAUGAUGAUUCAGAUGCCAGCUCAGACAGCGACGGUGAAAGCGGGGCGAUCGAGGUCAGCGGUGGUGCAACCUCAAGAAAGGCCUUCGACAAGGUCUUCAAGCAGGUGGUAGAGCAGGCAGACGUCGUUCUCUACGUGCUGGAUGCAAGGGAUCCAGAGGGAACCAGGUCAAGGGACGUGGAGAGAUCCGUAAUGGCCGCGGCGAGUGGCGGCAAGCGGUUAAUCCUUGUGUUGAACAAGGUGGAUCUGAUCCCACCGCCUGUUCUCCGAGGAUGGCUGACACACUUGCGGCGCUACUUUCCCACAUUACCUCUCCGCGCGUCCAACGCUGCCCCGAACGCACACACAUUCAACCACCGCGAUGUGACGGUUCAGAGCACAAGCACAGCCCUAUUCCGUGCGCUCAAGUCUUUUGCAGCGGGUCGCAACCUGAAGCGCGCCGUCUCAGUCGGUGUCAUUGGGUAUCCCAAUGUUGGAAAGUCGUCAGUCAUCAACGCCCUGCUCUCACGCAUGAGUGGUACUCGCGGUCAAAGAUCUGCCUGUCCUGCAGGUGCCGAGGCCGGUGUCACAACCGCAAUUCGGUCGGUCAAGAUCGACUCGAAAUUGACACUACUCGACUCGCCGGGUAUCGUGUUCCCAUCUACGUCAUCGACAUCAACCUCUUUUGUCCCCAAGAACAAGACUGAAGCCCACGCCCACCUGGUGCUUCUGAACGCCGUGCCGCCUAAACACAUUGAAGACCCUGUACCAGCAGUAACUUUACUAUUGAAACGACUCUCGGCUUCUCCUGAUCUCCUUAAGAAGUUGACAGAUGUCUACGAUCUACCGCCGCUUUUGGCAGAUGCUUCGGGCGAUGCGACAACCGACUUCCUGGUGCAGGUCGCACGUAAGCGAGGCAGGCUGGGUCGCGGUGGCGUGCCCAACAUUACCUCAGCGGCCAUGACUGUGGUGACGGACUGGCGGGAUGGUCGUAUCCAAGGCUGGGUUGAUGCACCUGUAUUGGCGGUGGCUACUGCGGAUUCCUCGGCCACUGGUGCUGGGUCUUCGGUAACUACCGUCAACGAUGAGGCUACGAUGCCCGACCAGAAACAGAUUGUGACUGAGUGGGCCAAGGAAUUCAAGAUUGAAGGCCUCUUUGGUGAUGGAGAAGAGACCAACGAUGUCGAUCAGGAGGACUCGAUGAUGGAGUAAUACAUGGGUGGCAGGCUGCUUCUUACAAGGGCAAAGCAGGUCGGAGAUGAGGGAUAUGUGGCGUUCAGGGCGUUCAGGACAGGCUCGUAUGUUGAAAGCACUUGGAACACACUUGUCAUGAAAAUUACCAGCUAUGAUUUUGCGAAUUUGUGCGAAAUUCCAUGGCAUAAUGCUGGCCAGCAUCUCCAGCAUUGAAGUAAAAUGCGCCUGAACUGUGCUCCCCCGAUUCCGGUACUCAUUGGCCUGUGUAAGUCAGUGCUUUGAAUUUGCAGAGUCAGUUCAACCAAGUUUUCUUGUAAAAAUUCCCUGUCUGUCGGAGUGGUAGCAAGAUAACAGCAUGGCCCAUCGAAUAAACUUUGUAGGAGCGGUGGAUUACUGUAGCAGAUCUCAAUGGUGUGAUAGAGAGUUGUCGGCUCUUUUAGUCCGUCUUGCCGGCAUCUUAGCCCCGCAUCUGGACUCUUAGACACUAUAUCUAGUGUUGUGAUUGGCCAUUGUGAGAGGGGCUACCGUUGCGG